AUGCAGUUCGAAGCCUUCUGUGCAGGGGGCCUGGCCCCUGGCUGGAGCCUGCUGGUCCAGGGACACUCUGACUCUGGAGAGGACAAGUUUGAGAUCAACUUCCUGUCCGAGGCGGGGGACAUUGCCUUCCACAUCAAGCCCCGGUUCUCCAGUGCCACCGUGGUGGGCAACACUUUCCAGGGGGGCCGCUGGGGCCAGGAGGAAGUGUCCAGCGUCUUCCGGCUGGUGCUGGGGGAGCCCUUUGAGAUGGAGGUCAGCUCAGAUGAGGAGCACUUCCAUGUCCACGCCCAGGAGCACAAGGUGCUGCAGUUCGCACACCGUCACAGGCCACUGGCGGCCAUCACCCGGGUGCAGGUGCUGAGUGACCACCGCCUGGCCCAGGUGGAGCUGGCCAGGAGGGACCUGAGCUGGUGGGACGGGGGCCACUGAGCUGUGCCCGAAGUCCCCGGAGGGAGCCUCGGCUAUCAACCAUCCCUUGUUCAGUGGAGCCCACGCAGAGGGAGCUGAGGGGAGUGGUCUGUGGUGCUGGCGCCUCCUAUUCUAGAUCUACCUUCAAUAAAGUUUGAGCAGGCU